GUGUACUGUGUUGGAUUAAAUUGGCGCUGAAUUUCAAAAUCUAGAGCAAGCGAUUACGCCAAAUGAUAAUGAUAAGAUAACACACCCAUUCCACCUAGAUAACUAAGUGACUACAUGUAUUUUUAUAAAAUGAAGAAAUUGUUUUUGUGAGAAAAUAAUGGAAGAACAAACGAACCGAGCCCCCAAUCGCAUGGAGCGAGGUGAAAGCAGGGUAGACGACUUGCAUUUAGACAGAGUUGUGGCCUCGCAGCCAGAGAUUGGGCCUACACCACCAGACGGCGGGUAUGGAUGGUUGAUUGUUGUGUCAGCAGUGAUAUACCACAUUACAGUACCAGCUCUGUUAUCAUUGUAUGGACUGAUAAUCUUGAAGGCGAUUCGGGAAGAAGGACAUGAGGAUAAUGAAGUUCUGAAGAUAUGGGACGUGGAUAUAGCGUUGGUGCCAGUGAUAGCAUUGGUGAUAAGACUGUUGCUGGAGUCAUGGUGCCGAGCUGUGGUGAAGAUCUUCCACAUGCCAAGGUUUAUGGCAUUGUCAGGACUCUGUCUGACCGUGGCGGGAGUGUUACUGUCAAGUUACUCGACAGACGCAGCCAGCAACGACCACAUAGUGAACACAUUCUCCGGAAUAUUUGCAGGAAUCGGAUGCGCCUUGACUGGACAGCAGACUGAAGUGAUCAUCACUCAUUACUUCAGAGAGAAGCUCACCAUGGCGCAGAGGAUAGUGCGCAUGGCGCCCUCUGUCGGCAACUGCCUCGUACCGAUACUGAUCGGGUAUCUAUGUUCCGUGUACUCCGGAGAUGUAGUCGUCAUGAUCUACGGAGCCAUCAUCAUGCAGAACUGCAUCUUCUUAGCAUCAUACACACGACCCAUUUACAUAGAAAAAGUUCUACGGCAUACAUACAACAUGCUCAGAGACGCUGUAGAGGACGAAGAUGAGGUCAUAUUCUCCAACCAAGCACGGAAGAGUGAAGCUGAACGAAAGAACAAUGAACCAAGCAGCUCUCAAGGGGAAUCAUCAUCAUCACAUAAUAAUAUGGCAGUAGAAGAAGACGGUACUGAUGUGGUAGUCUUCAACUCAAAGAAGAACGCUAAAGAAAUUCUAGAUCCUUCCAUUCAGUACAGAGAAAACAGACCAGCUUCCAAACAGUCCAGGUUUUCGUCUGACUUCAGCACAAUGUAUGACACAGGAUCGAAUAGAUUUUCUUCAGAUUUUGGCUCUUUGGACAUCAAUAGUUAUGCGAGAGUUAAUGGGUACCAGGAGUUGGAGAAUAUUGAUAGACAGGCGCCCCAGCCUUUGUACAGAGAGACGACGGUAAAUGCUCCAACGAACAGCGUAGUCUUUGCAGCUGAAGUGUCACCAGGUACUGCUAGAAGAACAGCCUCUUUGAAGAAGAACUUCUUCACGAUAACUAACAUGCUGAAGGAUAUUAACUUCUAUUUGUACGCGUUACUGCAUAUUUGUACGACAUUCUCUAUAUUGAUUCUUGGAUUAAUCUUCCCACCUUUGAUAUGGGAGCAGAAUCCUUCAAUGAACAUUUGGUCUGUUUCAACACUGAUAGCUGCAGCACACGGGUCAGCAUUGUGCUUCAUAAUGCUGUGUGUGGUGCUGCCAAAGUCCAUCAAUGAGAAGGCAAGACUAUGUGCUGCCUUCUGCGUAGCUGGUGCCAUGGGCUUCUAUGGUAUAGCCAUGUCCAGCAACAAGAGCCUGCUAGUGGUAUGGUGUAUGCUGGCCAGUUUCUCUACAGCAGCGUCCAGCAUUCUCCAACAGCCGUUAUAUAACAGUACUCUAAACGAAUUCGAUACCACAGCCACCAUGACAGCUUCGAACACCAUCGUCGCCAUAUUUAUCAUGACGUGGUCUCUGCUUUAUAAUUAUGAUUAUAAAACGUGUUUCUUGACAGCCAGUAUACUUCAAACUGUGACCGCAUGCAUGUUCUUCGCUUUGUCUUUUAGGAGAAGACGGUAAUGUUUGUUUAGUAUUUUGAACCUUAUGAUUUAAGAAAAGUUACCGUCUUUAUUACCAUUUUAGGAUGGUUAGAUUUAACUUGGAUUUUCCUGACAACUUGAUAAUAGUUAUUGUGCUACUAAAAUCAAAAUACGUUAAGUAAUUAAGGUACAGUGGCCCUCAGAUCAGUCUACACCUUUUUGUCAAAUGGCUAUUCCAAUUUCAACUUUAUUUUUUUGGAAUAAAGUCGUAAGUCUAACGAAGAUUGACCAGUUGGCUACUGUACCAUCCUCAGAGUAACAUAAGCAAUAACAAUCAUAUCGAAGUAGUACUAACUGCAUAAUAAAAACGAAAUAGGUUGUGUAAUAAUAGUAGUAAUGAUGGCGGAAUGUGUGUCUUUUGCAAUCAAGAUUUAUAAUUACUUAAGUACCUAUAGUAUAUUAAUUUAAUUAUCUUUAAUUAAUAACAAUUUUGAACUCGGAUUUAAGAUUAAUAAUCCAUUUUGUACAAUGUACUUUUAUAAUGCGAGUGUUAAUGUUAAGUAACCAAUAAUUAACUCGUCGAGUACCGGUUUUGCAGACACAAUUAUAGAACAAUAGGUUGCGGUCACCGGUGACCGCUUGGUAUUUGACAGUUUAAUAUAUUUUAAAACUGUAAAAUUAGUUCUUAUUUAUAAGCUAAAGUGUUGCUACAUGUAAAUAAUAUGUCUUGCCAUACUUAAAUAAAUAAUUAAAAAAACAAUAAAUUAUAUUUCGUAAGUUGUUUAUUUUUAAGAGAUCACAUCUGAUGCAGUCUGUUUAAAAAAUAAAUGUAUCACAUCUAUGGUAGACAACGCACUGGGAAAAGGCGGGAGCACACCAAACUAACCAGAGUUGAUCACUUUAUUAAAUACAUUAUGAACUCUAUUUACAUUACAAAAGGGACGAUAUUUUUCUUUGUUUCAAUUAAAUAGGCUCCGUAAUUAACGUAUCGACUUGAAAAAUUCUAUCACCAUCGGAAGGAAUAUUCCACCUUUUUAUGAACAUGC